UAUUAGAAUUUGUAAAAUUUUUAUUAUUAUUUUAUAAUACAAAAGCUAAUUGUUCAAAAUUUAUAAAACUUAUAUGUAUUGUAAUUUCAUCUUCAAUUUAUUUUUAUUUAUCUAUUAAUCUCCUAUGGUAAUCGCCUAUUUCAACUGUAACAAGAGAAGAAUUAUCGUAGAAUCAUUUAAAGGAGAUCUCAGACCACUCGUUUCGUAGCGCUAUUACGGGAAUUUAUGUUCUUCAUAAGCACUUCAACUUCGUUGCGACAGAGAACAAUAACCACUCCUCGAGUCGCUGCAACACCGAUGAAAUUACAUUAACACGUGCGGCUAUAACGUUGCAAAGCAAUAUACAACAUCCCUUAUAUAGGUGACCAAAAUGGCUACGCUUAUCCAACAAGUGUCCAACAGAAUUUGAAGCCUUGGAAUUUCAAAUACAUUAGCAUGAAUUUCAACCCAGAAUUUUAUCCCUAAAAUUUUAUUUUCUCUAGAAAAAGUUUUUUGAUUAAAAAUGCUUCCCUUAAAAAUUUAGAAGAAUAUAACGUCCUUAUUAAAGAUAAAAUUAUAACAUAUAUAAAUUUUACAAGGUUUGACUAUGAUUUACUAUAUUUAUUAUGUAUGUAUUAUGCUUUAUUUGUAUAUAACGCCGUAACGCGCCUUAUAACGUGAGAUUGAUAGUCCAGGAGAGAAGAGAUGAUGUAUGCACGUGAUGGGACAGGAUAACAUACUAUGGUAGUUGGAUCCUUCUAGACGACCAUAAGAUGAACAGCACGUGAUUGUUGGAAUCGUUGCUCUACGCACUCGAUGGCCAAUGUCCUACGAAUUCGGAUAUGCAGUGAAAGACCAAGCAACCGGAAAUGAUUUUGGCAGACGCGAGAGCAGUGAUGGGGAAACUGUAAGAGGAGAAUACAGAGUUCAGUUACCAGAUGGCAGGACGCAAAUUGUGACUUACACUGCUGAUUGGAGGACAGGUUUCCAUGCAGAUGUAAGAUACGAGGGUACACCAACCUAUCCUGAUCAGUACAACACUCAGAACAAUGGUUAUAAUAAUAAUAACAAUAAUAAUAACCAGGGUGGUGGCCAAGGUUUUGGCUUCCAUGGUAAUAAUGGAGGUGGAGGAUACAACGCAGGCAAUUUAGGUAAUAAUGGAGGCUACAAUUAUCAAGCACCAAGUGGAAGCUUCAACAAUGGUAACAAUUAUCCCUACCGAUUUGGUUCCAACUCGUUGGACAACAGUUAUAACAACUUUGGAACUCGCAAUAACUAUAAUACGCGGACUCCAUCGACGACGUACGGGCCAGCCUUUAAGAAGUGACUUUAGUACAAUUCCUAUUGUUAGCAUACGAUAAGAAGCGUCCGUCCUUUAAGAUUAGCGAUUUUGUAAUAAAAACUAUUUUAUCUUUUUA